UCCGGCGCAGUAGGGUCAGAUGUGGCGGGGGCCAGUAGUUUAUAGGCCCCGGCCUGGCUGUGGGAUGCACCGCCGCCACCACCACCACCAGGGCCGCUACUUCCCCGACCCAGAGGUAUUACAUCAGCCUCCACAAUGCAAGUACUUGAGCAGACAACAAUCACAUAUUCAAAUGGCUGUAGCAGCUUAUGCAUCUUUGGUUUCUCUCACUGAUGUUCUCGACAAUGUUCAACAUCCUUCUCGUCGACAUCGGCUUCAUCUGGACAAGGAACAGAUCCAGAGCUUGCACCAAAAAGUUCUCUUCUUGCAGCACUUUCUUGAACUUCAUUCCCAAAGAAUUAGCCCAGAAUUGGAAGAUCUGGCCAGGCAACUAGCUGUUGUUGCCGAUGAAGCCGACGAUGUCAUUGACUUCCACGUGGUGAAUCAACUUCUUCAAAGAUCUCAAGAUAAAACUCAUCAUGUGGCUGCUCUCUCAUCCUUCCGUCAAGAUAUCGACAAAAUUAUUAAAAAGAUUGAUUCCAUCACGGAAAAGUUGGUGAUGGUUAAAGAGGAAGGGGUUGACAUCCAAGAACAGCCUCCUAUAGUUUCUGCGUCUAUGGGUUCUACCGCACCUUCUUCCAGUGACAAGAAUACUAUGGUGGGAUUUGAUGAACGCUUGCUUCAGGUCGUGGAUGAGCUUACGAGAGAUGAAUCUGAUCUUCGGAUCCUCCCAAUCGUCGGGAUGGGAGGCAUUGGUAAGACAACUCUAGCUCAAAAUGUAUUUGACCAUCCAUAUAUUAUCAAUCGCUUUGAUAUACGCAUUUGGUUUACAAUAUCUCAACAAUAUAGCGUUCGGGAUGUUCUUCUAAAGUACCUUAUAAAUGCCAAAAAGCUCAAAGCAAGUGCAGCAGAUGAACUAGACCUAGCUAAAUUAGGAGAAUCCUUUCACAAACUUUUAUUUGGUGAAAGGUAUUUGAUUGUUUUGGAUGAUUUGUGGAGUAUCAAAGCAUGGGAAGAUUUUAAAAUGUCCUUCCCUGAUAAUACGAAUGGAAGUCGAAUUUUGGUGACUACUAGAUUGUUGGAUGUGGCUCGUCCUUUAGGCUUUGACAAUCAUUAUUUCACAGUGAACUUUUUAGACAACGAUAAAAGUUGGGAUUUACUAUGUGAAAAAGCUUUUGCACGAAAAAGUUGUCCUUAUCCAGAGUUGGAAGAAAUUGGAAGGAAUAUUGCUAGAUGUUGCCGCGGACUUCCUCUGGCAAUUGUUGUAAUUGGUGGGCUCCUUGCAAAAUCCAAUAAUACACGGGAAUAUUGGAAGUUUGUUGCAAAGAACGUAACCUCAUUUGUCAAUUCUGGAGAUGAUGAUUAUUGUUUAAAAAUAUUAUCUUUGAGUUAUAACAGUUUGCCGAUGUAUCUUAAACCAUGUUUUCUUUAUAUGAGAGUUUUUCCUGAAGAUGAACGGAUUGAAGCCUCUAAUCUGAUAAAAUCAUGGAUCGGUGAGGGGUUUCUAAAGCCAGUAGGAGGUAAAAGCGUGAAAGAAGCUGCAAAGGAAUACUUGAAGGAUCUUGCUGAUAGAAAUCUAAUUUUGAUUCGUAAAUGGACGGAUACUGGAAAAAUAAAAAGAUGUAGUGUUCAUGAUAUUCUAAGGGAGUUGUGUUUUAGAGAAUCUGAGAGAGAACGUUUCAUUUGUAUCCCUAGAGCACAAAAAAUUCCUUUUUCAGUAUCGAAUGACGGUGAUGUUUGCUUUCUAUGUAGUCACAAGCAGUAUAGACAGAAUAAGAUACAUCUUCAAGAAGUUCUUAUUGGCUUACAAUCAACAAAAGUUGCCAGUCCAUCAGUGUGCGAGGCGUGUAAUAAUAUGUAUCAAAAUCUUAAUAAAUUCAGAUGGGUGAAAGUAUUCGAAUCAGUACAUGAUGAAUCCGAUGUAACAUUUCCACUACACACAAAAUUACGAUACCUUAAGGUUGAAGGAUAUGAUCGGAGCGAAAAGAAUCAGAAACGUAUACUUCCUGGUACAAUUUCCUUACUUUGGAAUCUACAAAUUUUGGAUCUUGGUUAUUCAAAGGCACUUUGGUUGUCCGAAGUUUGGGAGAUGCCAAAACUUAGGCGUUUGAGUAUUAAUAGUAGCUUGCCUGAUGUACUGGAGGGGCAAGAUUCCACUAUCUUAGAAAACCUGAGUACACUUCGCUCAUCAAGAUGUUUUAGGUGUAGUGAGGAGGUUGUUAAAAGAAUUCCAAAUUUGAAGAAACUACAUGUCAUUUGGCCGUUGUCGUUGGAUAAACUUGCGUUGUUCAAUAAACUUGAAUCAUUCUCUUUAAGGUAUAAUUAUUGUCGCUUGGAGGACAUCGGCUUCCCAACUUCACUUAAGAAAUUGAGUUUGUCAAGAUGCAUAUUUCCUUGGGAAAAGAUGACGAUAAUUGGUUCUUCGUUGCCCAAUCUUGAGGUGCUUAAAUUGGAUGAUGCAUUCAAAGGGCCAGAGUGGAGUCCAAUUGAAGGGGGAUUUCUUGGGCUGAAAGUGCUGAGCAUUACGAAUCAUAAUUUGGAGCAGUGGGGAGCAGAGGAUAUUCAUUUUCCCAAUCUGCAUGGGUUGUACCUAGAAGAGAUGUAUGAAUUGAAAGAGAUCCCUUUAAGCAUUGGAGAUAUAUACACACUACAGUCCAUUCAUUUGGAUCGGUGCAGUGAGUUUGCUAAGAAUUCGGCAGUGGAAAUAGUAAAAGACCAAAAGGAGAAAGGAAAUGAGAGUCUUAAAGUUUAUGUAGAUGGAAAACAAGUCGGUGAAGAACAAGUAUUUUCAGACUCCGAUCUUUCUCUUUUAGACUCCGAUGAAGAACAGAUGUUAAAGUUUCCUUAUAGCCACUAGAAAUCAAAUAUGAUAUCAUCGUAUCGUUUGUGAUAUUUGAGUUGUGAUGAAAUUACUUUGGGAUUUCUUUUGGCAUUUUUAUUUUAAUUACAUUUAACUAUAUUUCUCUUUGUAUUGUAUUGCAUGUGACAUUUGAGUUGUGAUGAAAUUGCUCCAGAAUUGGAGUUUCAUAA